AUGCAACCCUUCAGCAUCCCCAUUCAAAUUACACUCCAAGGCAGCUGGAGGUGCCAAGGAAGGACAGCUUUUUCUACCUCAGGGAGAAAGAGCUACAGAGACUACAGUGAUGUACAAGAAGACAAGUACAAGAAGCUUCCAUCUAAUGCUGGAGAGGACAGAGCCAUGCUACUGGGGUUUGCUAUGAUGGGCUUCUCAGUCCUAAUGUUCUUCUUGCUUGGAACAACUACUUUGAAGCCUUUUAUGCUCAGCUUGCCAAGAGAAGAAGUGAAUUGUACUUCCAUCUACACACAUAUCAUGGAUGACUGGCUAGACUGUGCCUUUACUUGUGGAGUGGACUGCCAUGGGCAGGGGAAGUACCCAUGUCUUCAGGUGUUUGUGAAUCUCACCCAUUCAGGUCAGAAAGCUUUCCUACAUUAUAAUGAAGAAGCUGUCAAGAUAAACUCCAAGUGCUUCUAUACACCUAAGUGCCAUCAAGAUGGAAUAGAUUUGCUCAACAGUGCUCUGGACAUAAAGGAAUUCUUUGAUAACAAAAAUGGGACCCCUUUUUCAUGUUUCUACAGUCCAGACAACCAAUCUAAAGAUGUCAUUCUUACAAAAAAGUAUGACCAAAUGGUUAUCUUCCAUUGUUUAUUUUGGCCUUCACUGACUCUAGGAGGUGGUGUUCUGAUUGUUGGUAUGGUAAGGUUAACACAGCACCUGUCUUUACUGUAUAAAAAACACAGCACAGAAAAUCAGAGAUGAAGAAGGUGGCA